UAUGAUAAAAUGUUAUGCUUCAAAAAUAAUUUUAUUUUAUUUUCAAUUUCAUGGUGCGGUACACAAAGUGUUGGCAGCUUGGUUCAAGCUAAAAUACCCAUACAUAGCGCUCGGGGCUUUAGCAUCCUCAGCCCCCCUCCUCUAUUUUGAAGACACACUUCCAAAACAUGGUUACUUUUACAUAGUAACCAAAGUUUUCAAGGAAAUGAGCAAGGAAUGUCAUAACAAGAUACAUAAAUCUUGGGAUGAAAUAGACAGGAUUGCUGCCAAACCUAACAGUCUCUCAAUCCUCAGCAAAAAUUUCAAGCUGUGCAAUCCUUUGAACGACAUUAUCGAACUCAAAAGCUAUGUGAGUUACAUAUACGCGAGGACAGCUCAAUACAGCGACAAUCAGUUCUCGGUUGCCAGGUUGUGUGAGGCUAUUAACACAAGCCCACCAAACACUAAGAGUGAUCUACUAGACCAGAUCUUCGCAGGUGUGGUUGCUUCUAGAGGAAAUAUUUCUUGUUAUGGUAUGUCGUCGCCGUCGUAUCAGAUGACAAAUGACGAUAGGGCAUGGGGAUGGCAGACUAUCCAUAUCAGUGUGACAUUGUCUACUUAA